CUCCCCGACUAUUCGGAUAACAUCAUCAUCAUCAUUUCUCCAUUUACAUGGACAUAACCUCUUCUCAAAAAUGCAAAUCCCGGCACCAAUCCGAACACCAACGUGGGUAUCCACGCGCCGCAUAUUCGAACAAAAACUUUCCGACCUCCACAAAUGCACCAACCCUCACCACUUAAACCAGCUUCACGCGCUCAUUUACAAACACAAUCUUCAUCAAGACCCAUUUGUCAUCCCCAAACUCAUUACCGCCUUUUCCCUUUGCCGCCAAAUGCCUUCCGCCGUCAAAGCCUUUGACCAAGUCAACGACCCAAAUGUUCAUUUGUUCAAUACCAUGAUUCGUGCCUAUGUUUACAACUCUCAAAAUCUUGAAGCUUUUUAUGUUUUUUUCAAGAUGCAGAAUUUAGGUGUUUUUCCUGAUAAUUUUACUUACCCAUUUUUGUUAAAAGCUUGUUUAGGCCAAAAUGAUUAUAAUUUGGUUAAAAUGAUACAUGGGUGUAUCGAAAAAUUCGGGUUUAGUUCGGAUGUUUAUGUUCCAAAUGCAUUAAUUGAUUCGUAUUCUAGGUGUGGGUUAGUUGGUGUUGGUGAUGCUAGAAAAGUGUUUAGAUUAAUGGGUGAUGUUGAUAUUGUUUCUUGGAAUACUUUAAUUGGUGGUUUAGUUAAGGCGAAUAAGUUGCAAGAAGCACGCAAACUGUUUGAUGAAAUGCCUGAACGAGAUAUGGUUAGUUGGAACACGAUUUUGGAUGGUUACGCGAAAUCCGGGGAGUUAAAUGAGGCUUUUGAGUUGUUUGAGAGAAUGCCUGAGAGGAAUGUGGUGUCUUGGUCUACUAUGUUGACAGGUUAUAGUAAGUCCGGAGAUAUGGAUAUGACUAGAAUGUUGUUUGAUAAAAUGCCAGUUAAGAAUAUGGUGAGUUGGACGAUUAUUAUAGCCGGGUAUGCUGAGAAAGGGCUUGCAAAGGAAGCUGUUGAUUUGUAUGAGAGAAUGGAGGAGGCUGGAUAUCGGCCUGAUGAUGGGGCGAUUAUUAGUAUUUUAGCUGCUUGUGCUGAGUCGGGUUUACUUUGGUUGGGUAGACGUGUUCAUCAGUCUAUUAAACGGAAUAGGUAUCAAUGUAGUACACUUAUUGAAAAUGCGUUGGUUGAUAUGUAUGCCAAAUGUGGUAGCUUGAGUAAAGCGUUAAGUAUCUUUAAUAGGAUGGAUAAGAAAGAUUUGGUUUCUUGGAAUGCUAUGAUUCAUGGGUUAGCAAUGCAUGGACAUGGAGAUGAAGCACUUGAGCUUUUUUUGAAGAUGAAAGAAGAAGGAUUUGUUCCGGAUAAAGUUACAUUUGUUGGCGUUUUAUGUGCUUGUACUCAUGGAGGAUUUGUUGAUGAAGGGAUUCAGUAUUUUUACACCAUGGAACGAGAUUAUGGGAUUCCUCCAGAGAUUGAACAUUAUGGUUGUGUGAUUGAUUUAUUAGGUCGUGGAGGGCGUCUUCAAGAAGCAUUUAGGUUGGUUCGUACCAUGCCAGUUGAACCAAAUGUGAUCAUAUGGGGUGCGCUUUUAGGGGCCUGCCGACUUUAUAAUGCAGUGGAACUUGCGCAGGAUGUGUUAGAACACUUGAUUAAACUAGAACCUCAAAAUGCAGGAAACUAUUCUACGUUGUCCAAUAUAUAUGCUGCAACCGGAAAUUGGGCCAAUGUUGCUGAUGUAAGGUUAAAAAUGAAGAAUACUGGCAAUGCAAAGCAGUCGGGUGCUAGUUUGAUUGAAUUAGACGGCGGGGUUCAUGAAUUUACUGUAAAAAAUACCAUGCAUCCUGCAAAUGACAAGAUAUAUCAGAUGGUUGACGGAUUGAGUGACCAUAUUAAAAAGGUUGGUUAUUUCCCAGAUGCGAUAUGCUAAUGAAUGCAGAUGAAGUCUUUAAGGGUAGCGUCGUGAUGUUUGAAACUCGAUAUGCCUCAAGUAAUACUGUAAAAAACUUUACUCACCCCUUUGGGGAAGUGACUUGACUGAUCUGGUUGAAUGCUUGAAUGUAUACUCAUACUGAGCCAUAAUCAUAUACCCCUAAAUACAAAACCUGGUGCAGUGAUUCAUUAUGUAAUUAGCUUUAUAGUUUCUUGUAUACAUGAAAUGUUUAUUCC